GCGCCGUAGAAAGUUCUUCCCCCUUCUCUCCUCUAUUUCUUCUCCGAAUUCGCCAAGGCGUCCGCCUGCGACUCACUGUCUCCGUCUCUCUCUCGCUAUAAAGGUAUCGCCUUUGUCGCCGUCUCUUCACGUGUGCGCCACCACCUUCCAUGCAAGGGCAGUAGAAGCACGGCUGUCUCGUGUGUGCGCACGCCGCGCGUCGCCUCUCCAUCGACUCGCCGCCGCCGUUCCUCGUCAGAUCCAUGGCCGUGGAGGAGCCCCCGCCGCCGCAGACGCAGCAGCGGCGGCAGUCCGAGGCCGGUGCGGGGGGACGGCGGACGGACAAACUCGGCCGCCGCCUCGAGGUGUACAACGAGGUGCUCGGCCGCAUCCGCGCCGCCACUGCCGCGCCCGCGGAGAUCUCGCCGGCCUUCGAGGACGCGCUCUGUGCCCACUUCAACCGCCUCCCCGCCCGGUACGCGCUGGAUGUGAACGCGGAGAGGGCGGAGGACGUGCUGACGCACCAGCGGCUUCUGGAGGAGGCACGCAACCCGGAGCGGCGGCCCGCCUUGUCGGUGCGCGUCGUUCAGGUUUCUAGGAUUCUCGAUGGUGAUAUGGACGAUUCUUUCGAUCUGGAGAUGGAGACGUUUGCUUCCAAUCACACGGCUAGCCAAAUGGUUCACCCUCCUCCUGCAUUUGGUUCUUCAUCCAAUCUAGAGGCUCUCGGGCUCGAAACUGGUGAGGGCAAUGUAAGGAGCACCAACGAUACUGAUACCAGUGUUCAUCUCAUUUCCAGGCCAAUGCAUGAGAUAACUUUUGCAACCAUUGAUAAGCCAAAGCUCCUUAGUCAGCUGACCAGCUUGCUUGGUGAGUUCGGUCUUGACAUCCAAGAAGCACAUGCAUUUUCAACAAUUGAUGGUUACUCAUUGGAUGUAUUUGUUGUCACUGGAUGGCAUCUUGGGGGUACUGAACAGCUACAGGAUAAGCUACUUCAGAAAUUUCACAAUACUGAGACACAAGCUUGGUCAGUAUCAAGCUCAUCAUCAGCAUCAUUGGAAGGUCUGCAAGGUGGAGAAAGUAUGCCAUCUAAAAGUGUGGAAAUACCAACAGAUGGACAAGAUGUUUGGGAAAUUGAUCUGAAGCUGCUCAAGUUUGGAAACAAAGUUGCUUCCGGAUCAAAUGGCGACCUGUAUCGUGGAUCAUACUGCAGUCAGGAUGUUGCCAUUAAAGUAGUGAGGCCUGAGCGCAUCAGUGCGGAUAUGUACCGAGAUUUUGCACAGGAAGUGUACAUCAUGAGAAAGGUUCGUCACAGGAAUGUUGUGCAGUUUAUCGGUGCCUGUACAAGACAACCAAACUUAUAUAUAGUAACAGAUUUCAUGUCAGGAGGGAGUGUCUAUGAUUACCUCCAUAAAAAGAACAAUGCUUUCAAGCUUCCAGAAAUAAUGAGAGUGGCAACCGACAUCUCGAAAGGAAUGAACUACCUGCAUCAGAACAACAUUAUUCACCGCGACCUCAAGACUGCAAAUCUUCUCAUGGAUGAAAACAAGGUUGUAAAGGUUGCAGAUUUUGGUGUUGCGCGUGUCAAAGAUCAAUCUGGAGUAAUGACUGCGGAGACUGGAACUUACCGUUGGAUGGCACCCGAGGUGAUAGAACAUAAGCCCUACAAUCACAAAGCAGAUGUUUUCAGCUUUGGUAUUGUUCUGUGGGAGCUGCUAACUGGCAAGAUCCCAUAUGAGUACCUAACACCACUACAAGCAGCAAUUGGUGUUGUCCAGAAGGGCAUUAGGCCAACGAUCCCAAAAGACACCAACGCCAAGCUCGCCGAGCUCCUUCAGAAAUGCUGGCAUAGAGAUCCAGCUGAAAGGCCUGACUUCUCCCAGAUAUUGGAAAUCCUUCAGAGACUCUCCAAAGAGGUGGGAGCUGACACUGAGGGUCGCCAUAAAGCAAAGUCAGGUUUUCUUUCUGCGUUGAAGAGAAGCCACUGAAGGGCAAAAUAGCUACUCCAAUGUUGGUGCUUGAUGCAAAGUGUAGUUGCAGCAUCCUGGUGGAGCAAACGUGCAUUGUAGUGUACAGUCAUAAUUUUCUCAUGUAAUUUCAGCAGUUUUGGGCUUUUUUGUUAACUUAUUUUUCUUCCUUCGUCUCUUUUGCUUCAGUCCUCUCGUUCAAGUUUUGUUGAAUGUUCCUAACAAAGAAGAUAUGUGCUGAAAAUAAAUAUCUGAUGAUUAUCCUCUCCAUCAACUUGUUACUGUUCA